UUCUCUCGUAACGCCUGUGUUGAGGUGAAUAAACUACGACCUUGACUGCACUAGCUCAGAGUACUUUCGCUCAAGGAAAAUAGAACGACAGACAGAUAUUUUAUUCAGGCACGGCGGAAGCACGUAGACAUUGGGGAGGUGACUGUGAACGAGGAUAAAUGGCAGUCACAGCAUCCGUUCUUGCCGUUGUCAACGUCGCUGUUCUGGCGUUUCUGAUGAGAUCGUACAUCUUUAACAAGAGCAACAACGUCGACGACGAUGAUCUGUUAGUUGAGAAGGUGAACGACUCCUACGACUACAUUGUAGUUGGUGCCGGUUCUGCUGGGUCUGUGAUUGCUGCUCGUCUGUCAGAAGAUCGUGACGUCACAGCCCUCGUUUUGGAAGCUGGGCUGGAUGACAGAAAUGAAGCUAUACUUUCCAUACCUGCAGAAACACCAGCAACUCAGAAAUCGAAAUUCGACUGGGAGUAUUACACUGAACCGCAGAAACAGGCGUGCUGGCUUUCGAAAGACAAGAGGUCAUACUGGCCUAGAGGUCGAGUGUUGGGUGGAUCCAGUCAGAUGAACUAUAUGGCGUAUGUCCGGGGAAACAAGUUCGACUAUGACAGCUGGGCGGCUCAGGGGUGUGACGGGUGGAGCUACAAAGAUGUUCUUCCGUACUUCAAGAAAUCAGAGGACAUGCAGGACGAGGAGCUCGCCAAAUCAGAGUAUCACGGCAGCGGGGGACCACUGAAGGUGAGCCGAAAUCCCACGAGUUCUCUCCCCAGCGUGAUGGUGACCGCGGCCAAAGAGGCUGGAUACAACGAGACAGAUUACAACGGAGAAUGUCAGGAAGGUUUUGCUGUUCUGCAGUCCACACUGGGAGAUGGUGAACGAUCAAGCACAUCGAAGUCGUUCCUGUGGCCAGCAAGAAGAAACCGAAAUAAUCUCCAUAUUGCUGUACAAGCUCAAGUAACCAAGGUUAUCAUAGAAAAUAAAAAAGCUGUGGCUGUGGAGUUUGUCAAAAAUGGCCGUUUACAAAGAGUGAAAGCCACAAGGGAGAUAAUUCUGUCAGCUGGAACUAUUGGAUCUGCACAGAUAAUGAUAUUGUCUGGAUUAGGACCCAAAGAACAUCUUGAAAAAUUACAGAUCCCUGUGGUAGCUGAUUUGCCAGUGGGAGACAACCUUCAAGAUCACGUGAUGACGUUCCUCAGAGUUCUCAUAGACCAGCCCUUGUCAACAAAUACACAAAAGUUAACUAAUCCGUGGACCAAGUUACAGUAUGAUCUUUUCAAAACGGGUUACCGCACAACCCCAUCUGGUUUGGAGUUCACUGGUUUUGCUAGAACCCAGAAUGACUUGGAAUAUGGAAAUCCCGAUGUGCAAUGCAACAUGCUUGUAGGCUUGCCACCAAGAACAAAUAUCGAGCAGAUCUAUAACCUGGACUCAAAGGUUGGCGAGCAGAUGAAAUGGGACGAAGGUGAAGGCUUUUAUGUUACUUCUGUAUUGUUACGACCUCAGAGUGUCGGCACACUUCGUCUACAGAGCUCGAAUCCGUUUGAAUAUCCAUUAAUGCAACCCAACUACCUCACUGAGACCGAGGACAUGAUGGUUAUAUACAGAGGUGUUCGAAUAUUGCAGAAACUACUGAAGACUAAAGCGUUGAGAGAUAUCGGAGCCCGACUGGACACGACGAGGGUCCCGACGUGUAGUCAGUACACCUACGACUCUGACGAGUACUGGCAGUGUUACGUCAGGUCAAUCACUACAACUGCGUUCCACCACACUGGUACCUGCAAAAUGGGGGAGCUCACAGACCCCUCCACUGUAGUCGACCCUCAACUCAGGGUGAAAGGUAUAUCGGGACUGCGAGUAGGUGAUGCCUCCAUUAUGCCCAACGUCAUUUCCGGAAACACUAAUGCUCCUAGCAUUAUGAUUGGAGAAAAGGCAGCUGAUCUGAUCAAGGGAAAGAACUCUGUGUGACAAGAACAUACGUUAUAAGACAAACAUUACAGUUGAGAGAUUCCAACAAGUGUUAAUGAAGUCUACCCAAGCAGUAUUACAAACGCACACGCACACACACGCACACACUAGAAAACUGUAUGUAUCUCAUACACAAUAUGGUUUUAAAACAUGUAUUCACCAAUAUUUGUUUUACACUUAACAGACAUAUUAACAAACGUACACAUAUUGCACUAAAACAAAUGCUGUACAUUAUUCUAAGCUCUACAAUCUGAUUAAACACCUAAAUUAGGAAUCCUUUAAUAUUA